AUCGUCGGUCCCCACGACCCCCUUGCCAUGAGCAAGGUUCAUAGUGCAGGGCCCGUCGCUGUAGUUGGUCGGCUGCCGCCGUCCGUGCACCUCAAUCGGCUGUCGCUCUUGUACAACGUGGUGUUUACGAUCAAGAUCGCGACCACCCCGUUCUUUGCGUACUUGACCGAGCCGUUUCCAUGGGCGCUUCCUGCGGCCGUGCAUCCUGCGUGGAAUGCAACGACAUCGACCGAAUACAGCACGAUGACAGCAGCGUACUUGCAGUCGAUCUACAACAACGCGACGAUGCCCGCGUCCAGCGUGUGCUAUCGACACGGCGCGACCAACUCGAACGUGCUUCGACUCGUUCGGCCGCUUCCCCCUUCGACCGACACGUGCGUCGAGUACUUGGUCCACAUGCCAGGGGCGGGUCUGUAUGGCGCAGGCAUGCGCCGAUUUGUGUGCACCUUUCUCGCUGCUUCGGCAAGCCAACGACGUGGCAUGCCAUGGCAUCACUGCCUCCAUGCCGUCAUGGCGGGGUUGCCCCUCGGCGAAGUGUGCGUGUGGUUUGAAUCGACGCCACACCCGCGCGACGUUGUGGUGUACCAUGCCAUGAUCAUUUGGGAGAACGUCGGGUGGUGCUGGGGCAAACUGCUCUUUCGAUGCCUGCUCACCACGUACAUCUUGAGUGUGCUCUGGCGUCGGUACUACAAACACUAUGCCGGCCUCGUCCACAAUCUGCGGACGGUCGGCGUGCACGAUGACGCACCGUUUGCCGCGUACGAAGUGAUCGUGGGCGACCCGACGUACCAAAUCCUCCGGGAUCCCGUCGUUUCGAUCGUGAUGGUGCUUGAUAUUUGGCUUGGCAUGGCGUACGUCGCGAUUGCGACGGAGCGAGUCAGUCAGUACGAGGACUGGUGGCAAUUUCUACUCGGUUGCAUGUACACGUCUCGCUACGUUUGGAAUGGCUAUCUGAUGAUGUGGAUUCUGUCGCGAGUGGCCAAGCGAUGUUGCUGGGAAAGGUGGUUUUCGCCCGUCGACCCGUCCUUCCUGGGGGUGAUGGCGUACUUUUAUGGAGGCCCGAUUCUCCUGCUCGUGGGCAAUACGUCCUUGAUGGUCCCGAUCCACGCGCUGUGGGACGUCGCCGCGCCAGCACAAGACAGGGACUAUUACAUGGAAGUCAUGCCAGGGUGUGCCUUUUGGUCGAUCGUCAUGGCGUCUGUGCCAGUGACGGCUUCAACCAGUGUGACGUUGGGUCGGCGUGUUCGACGUCUCUGGGGCGGCGCGCAACCCCACGACGACUUGCUCUCGGGUCGGCACUUUUGUCCUCGCCAGUACAACGACGUCAAGUCCCGGUUUGUCCUGAAAAUCGCCAUGCGCCGCGUGGCGUACGAAGUACCGUUGGAAGGCGGAUCGUUGUACACGCUGAUCCAGCGACGCCCGAGCUUCCGCCGGAUGCCAUUGUUCAGCCACCGCGGCGCAGACUGCUGCGUCCUGGCGUACCACCGCGACAAGACGGUUGUGCGCCAGAUGCGCCUGACACUGAGGGAUUGCAUCGAUCUGCUGCAGCUACGACACAUUGACGCAGCUGUCCCCGUAUGCGUCUCCAUGACUCCCUCAACAUACUGCACACUGAGCUCUGCCACGUGUGCACUGUGCCGAGCCUCAACAGGACGUUCCGGCAUGCUACGACUGCACGCAGGGGCGAACUAUUCUCCGUGGCUAUUAUGUCUGAACGAUGGCCCCAUGAGCGAAUGUAUCCGUAUGGGGGCCACCAGACAAUGCAGCCAUCGGUGAUGUUGGAGCCGCCAAUCUCCACAAACGUCAGCGU